UUUGGUGUUUCUUGUAUAGGACUGUUACCGUGGUUAGAUGGGUUUGAUUUGUUCAGCUAUUUAAUCUAUCUGACAGUACAGUACAAUGGCAACCUUUUCACAAUCAACCAUUGAUAAGGGAUCUGACAUUCUCCCAGACUUCUUAUGUGUGACCUGCGAAGACAAGAAACUGGAUGAAAUUGCUGAUUUCUACUGUGAAUCUUGUGUUAAAUUUUACUGCGGAACAUGUAUUGGCAUGCACAGCCAGUUGUUUACAAAACAUGCACCCUAUGGAAGGGGAGAUAUGAAGAAAUGGCCAUUGGCAAAGAAGGUGGAAGAUUUUCUUUUGAAAUGUGAUAUUCAUAGAGAUCAAAUCACGGAAAUAUUUUGUGACGAACACAGUGAGCUGUGCUGCAAAAAUUGUGCUUUCCUUAAUCACAGACACUGCCAAAAGGUAACUCUAAUAUCCGACAUCGUAAAAAAUCAGUCUACAGACCUUCAACAACUGUCAUUUUCUAUCCAAAGAAUUCUGAAAAAAAUGAAGAGACUUCAAGACAACCAAGACGCUAGCAUUCAGUAUGUGCAAAGUUCAUAUGAUGAGCAGUUACACACGAUACAGGAAACUCGCAGAGAAAUAAAUGCAGCCUUAGACACAAUUGAACAGAAGACACUAAAGGAAAUGAAAGAAACUCUGACCAAACUGCAAGCCUCAUCCAAAAGCGAUGUUGACAAAUGCAACAGGUUUAUGGAUGAAUUAAAACGACUUCGAGACGCCAUACAUGACAUUAGUGACAAAAGCAAGCAGGAACUUUCCUUUAUAGCUACCAGGAAAUGCAAGGACAAAAUAGAACAGUCUGAAACUUUUCUGCAGGAGAACUCUCUUCAGGUUAAAGUUUCAAUAACAUUCCAGCCUAACAGUGAUAUUGCACAGUACUUGUCUAAACUUUCAGGUCUUGGAAAGAUUGAACACAGUACCAAGACAUUGAAGUUGCAAGAUAAUCCAAACAAGAUAAUCACUGUGCAGGGGAAGUUUGUACACAAUGUGAAAAUAUCAAGUGAUUCAAAGGUAUGCAGUAUCAUAGCCAUCUGUGUACUCCCAGACAAAGAGGUCUUGGUUAUAGACAGCAACAAUAAUAAAGUGAAGCUUCUUGACCAGGAGUACCAGGUGGUGAGUCACUGGAGUGCGACUGCCUGGGCAUCGGAUAUGUGCCUGAUCGCACCAAGUGAGGUGGCUGUGACUCUGAAUGCUACUCAUAAGAACAUACAUGAGAUCCAGUUCAUCACAGUCAACAACAGGCAGCUGGUGACAGGAAGUAAACUUCAGUUACCACAUUUAUAUAGAGGUAUUGCCUUCCACCAUGGAUAUCUGUAUGUUACUGCUGAUACUGCACUGUACAAGUAUACAAUGAAUGGGAAACUUGUCUGCAAGAUGUAUGAGGAUAAUACAGAUAGUUAUACAGUAAAUAGGUGUGCUGUGAGUCCCACAGGGGACAGGUUGUACAUCACAAACAGCUCCCAGCACAAGCUUCUUACCCUGGCCAGGGAUGGUUCAGUCCUGGCCACAUUCAUUGAACCUGCACUACAAUCUCCACGUGGUGUACACGUGACACCUGCAGGCCAGGUGCUGGUCAGUGGAUUGGGGUCCAGCACUAUCCUACAAGUGGAUAGUGAGGGCAGAAGGAGGCUGGCUACUCUUGCUACACAGGAGGAUGGUGUGCUGAAACCCAUGUCAGUUUGCAACAACAGAUACACUGCCUCCCUCAUUGUGGGACUUGAAGAUAACAAUAGCAUCCUGGUGUUCAAAGUGCAGUAGCGUAUUUCAACAUGUAUCUUGAUUUAUAAUUCAGACGAUUUCAAUUGACAUGAGAUUGUGUUGUGUGUAAGAACAUUGUGUUAUGAUACUAAAAACGUGUAAGUGUAUUUCGCAGUUUCAUUUAAUUUGGAGACAAAAAAUGUAAUAAGUUCAAAGAAUGUUAAGAUUUUUUGUUAACAUUAAAACUGUUAUAGAGUGUAUUAUAUUAUUACAUGUAUAACAAUAGUUUUUCGUUUUUCUCAUGGACUUUACAAGUUGACAUGAACUGCUGAUCAAUAGACACUUUUUUUUUAGUUCAGAAUAUAGUGACUGUCAUUUACAUAACAUCAAAAUUACACUGUAACUAUAUAUAGGCUGUCAGUAGUCAAAGAUAACUUUAAUUUGUUUAUUUUUGUUUUUGAAGUAUGAUAAAUAGUUUUUUUCCUGCAUGUUUCUUGGUAAUUUAUAACCUAACCUAGGUUUGAUAGAGAUUAAUAUCAAUUGAAAUGUUGAAAAUAUUUUCAGCCAUGAGACGUGAAUAUAAAAAAGAUAAUUCAGCAUGGGCUUAUAUGAAAAUUAUAGCAAUGCAGUGCGUUUGAUCAAGUUGAGAACUGUUAGGCAGCUUCACCAGUUUGACACGUAACUGUCAAAAUCAAACGAUUGUGAGGGUGCUUAUUUCGAUUUGCUUGAUUUUUUUUUUUUUAGAAGGCUGUGUUCUCAUAUAUAAAAAUUAGUAUUAUAUUGCCUUCUGUUCACUAAUAUAUAUUAUAGCAUAUUGUUAUUUCUUACUGUUUCACUAUUUUAAAGCUCAAAUUGUAUGUCCAAUAAUAGACAUUUUAAACAUUCCAA